AUGCCCCUCCUACCAACCUUCUCACGGGCUGUGGGGUUAGCUCUCCGACAAAACCAUUGCCCGCCUGUUUGGAUACUCUCCAGGGCUCAAUUACAACAGUGUCGGUUUGCCUCUAUCCUUGGAGACUUACGAGACGUGAAGGCUUCCUUCAAGAAGCGGAUUCGCAGGGGUCGUGGCCCUUCGUCGGGCAAGGGGAAGACAUCAGGGAGGGGUCAUAAGGGUCAGAAGCAGCAUGGAAAAGUCCCCGCUGGAUUCCAAGGGGGUCAAACACCGUUACACAUUACACACCCUGAAAAGGGUGAAGCCAAUCUCUUCGCUCUGGACAUGUCUCCACUGAAUCUCGACACAUUACAAAGCUGGAUAGACCAAGGCCGAAUAGACCCAGCCAAGCCCAUCACCUUUAAGGAACUCGUGGAUACUAGAUGCGUACACGGUAUCAAAGACGGCGUAAAGCUUCUAGCACGGGGCAAACAAGUCUUCAAAACCCCCAUAGAGAUCACUGUCUCCCGUGCCUCCCGCCAAGCCAUAAAAGCCGUCGAAGAUGCUGGCGGUAAGGUUACGACCCGCUUCUUCAACAAGAAUGGCAUCAGAGCCGUCACGCAUCCCGAACGCUACCCACCAAACGUACGACUUGCCAACCCAACAGCGCGUAAGGACAUUGAGUACUAUAGAGAUCCGGAGCAUAGGGGGUAUCUGGCGCAUACCCUGAGUGAAGGGGAAUCGCCAAGCUUGUUCUGGCAGGCUCCUGGGAAGGCGAAGAAUGUGCUCCCCAAGGAGCGACUACAGCAGAGGAAGGACAGGCAGGCUAAUAGAUUGUUUUAGCCUGGAGUUUGUUCAAGGGAACCGUGUUUAUCCCGAGAUGGGUUCGACGCAAUCGGGAUGUAUUUAGUGACUGUAUGCUAUAGGAAUGGGUAUCAA